AUGAGGGCGUGGGAAAGAGCGAGUGCACAGUUGCAGGAAAGGCCACAAGAUCGCAAGGAAGGGUGCAAGGUUGUGAGAAAGUGCAGGUGUGACAAGGAGACCAGGCAUGAGAGAGAGAGCGAGGGCGUGAAAAAAGGAGUGGGCAUGAGAAAGAGCGUGCUAAUAUCCAGAAAGAGCAAGUGUGCAAGAAAAAAAAGCACACAUGAGAGAGCGCAUGAGAGACAAGAGGUGAAAGAGAGAGAGAAAGAGAAGGAGAAUGCGAGGAAGAGGGGGGAAGAGAAAGAACAUGAGAAAGAGAGAGUUGAGAGAAAGGGAACAAGCACAAGAAAGAGCAUUAUCAACUGUGAGAAAGAGCAAGUGCAUGUAAGAAAAAGAGAGCUAGAUAGAGGAGAGAGAGACAGAGAGAGAGAUAAAGGACCCCCAAGAAAGAAAGCUCUCGAGAAAGAGGGAGAUAAAGCUUGCAUGAGAAAGAGUGGGCAUGAGAGGAUGGAUGUGAGGGCACAAAAAAAAGAGCCAGCACGCAAGAAACAAAGGAGAGCAAGCAUGCAAGAAAGAGCAAGGAAGAGGAGUGAGAAAGAGAGCGAGGUCGUGAGAAGGGAGGUGGGCAUUAGAGAGAUUAUGACUGUGCAAGAAAGAACAAGCAUGGGAGAAAGAGCAAGUUCAUGUGAGAGAGAAUGAGAAAAAGAGAGUGAGAGAGAAAGAGUGGGCAU